GUUGCUACAGUCCGACGGGAGUAUUUGUUUUGCGCAGCCAUCAACUAACGGGCAACUUCCGUUUUCUUCCCUUUUCUUUCGGCCAACGCCAUUUCAAUUUACCCGGAAAAACAAGCCAAGCGGAGGAAACGAUUAAAGUUGGGCUGAUUGACGCAUAAGAAAUAUCUCUGACAGGCUUCUAACCUCCUCCACUUGAUCUCUGUACGCUCCUCCUUUACACCGUUUACUUGCUUGCAGCUGGCUUGUACAAGAUGGGGUGAGGUCCUUUCAUUCUUUCGUUGUUCCGUCCUCUGCGCUUGUUUUCUCUUUGGCUCUGCUUGCCCAGCUCCAAAUCUCAUGCCCAAAGAACAUGUCACUCCAUUAUCCAGACGUUAUGGGCAGCUCCUUGGUUUGGUGCAUGAUCAACGACCAGGAUGUUGAAUGCGCGAUGGCAAAGGUUUCUGGUUAAAGUGGAUGUUGCUGCUUUUGAAGAUAAGUCGACAAUGUGAGAGGAGCUCAGUGCUUUGUCUGUUUUUGUGCGACAAACAAAUAUUGUGUGGCUGGUAUUCAUAGCAUUCACAGGGAUUUUAGAUUAUACUCUUGAUCGUCAGAAGGACAACAUGGAGUAUGCUGUCUCCAAUGAUCUAUGGGAUGAUCAGAUUGGGAUCAAACAUGAGAAAACGAAGAGCUGUUACUAAUCAUGCUAAUAAAAAGAGCCAUUUGAUUAGCCAUACAACUCACAGUUCCCCACAUCAUGCAUCAGAGUUGUUUGAUGAUAUAAGGGCAAUUAUUUCAUCAUCCUGGAAUAUGAAGUGGGAUCUUUUGGCUUCUUUUAGUUCGUUCUUUAUCACUUUGGUGGUUUUUGUCAUUUUUGUUCACUGGAAUGGGAGUAUAGUUGUAGGUGCAAAGGAAGCUCAUGCUGUUUCUCCCCAUUUUGCACAGGUCCUGUAUUUCAGUUUGGUUUCCGCCCUUUUUAUGCCACCUGUCCACUUCUCUUUUGCACAAUUUUUACUGCUAGCUCAGUUAUUCUGGAAAAAUAAACUGAUAAGCCUCUUCAAGUUGUCCAUAGCCAUGACUGUUGGCUUCAUAUCAGUGCACUUUUUCAGCUAGGUGAAGCAGUAAAAAUAACACUUCCUUUGCUCCAUAUUAUCUCUUUACAUUUCUUUUGGUCUAUCCCUAAAUAAUGUCUACUUUCCUAAUUUGAACACUACAAAGUACAAACUUUGACUUUUCUAAAUCUACCAUUUCUCCCCCCUCCAUCCCUGUUACUUUUUUUAAGCUGAUUUUGUACAAUUGGUUCCACUGGAAGGACAAUUUAGUGAAACGAAAUAGAUAUUUUAACCUGUAUACAUUUAGACAGAGGGUUUAAUUGUUAAUAUGUAAAAAGUCAGUUUUAGACAUGAAGUCUUACUACUAAUUUUUUUAGUAGAGCUUUGAAUAAAAGCUACCUGUACUAUAUGUGUGUGGCAUUAUAAUUUAAAUUUACUUAUUAUUCGUUACACUGUGAGCUUUGAUAAAAAAAUUGCAAAAAAUGAGGUAAUAUAGUUUUUAAAUAGAUUAAUCACCAACAAAGUACAAUAUUCAUUUUGUUUUCGAAAAGAUAGAAUACUAAUAAGUUUGAAAUCACAAUCACUUACAAGUGAAUUAUAUUUGUUAAGAACCUAUCACAAGAUUAACAGAAAGAUGAGAAGGCUAUCACAAGAUAAACAGAAACAUGAAUAGCUAUCACAGCUACCUCUUUUCAUGAAACGUGAUAGCAAAAAAGAGAAGGCUACUGCUGUUAUAGCUGAAAUGAAUAUUCCUUGAGAUGCAUUAACUUGAUUAAAUAAAUACACUGCGGGGAGGGGGGUAUAAAUAUUUACAGGAUAUUUAUGAUAAUUAUUUUAAUGCGGCUUGCAAUUUUAUUUUUGAAAAAAAAUAAGGUUUUGACUUAUUGGGAAUGUCACAAAGGCCUUUUUAUUAGAUUAAAGGAGCAUGCUUUUUCAAACCUGUAAAAAAUAAGUAAUGCUGCUUUGGUUGACACGUUUGGCUCCCCAGCAAAUGAGUAACAACUGCUCUAUAAUGUUUACAAGGGAUUGAAGUUAUGCUGCUUUGGUUGACAUGUUUGGCUCCCUAGUAUCAUGCAUAAAACAAUCGUUCCCAAAUGCUUUUAACAACGUUAAACUGCUGUAUUUCUUGUUGAUUUCCGCUGUUAGACUCUUUCUUUUUGCUCAUGCGAAUAUUAAACUGUUGUCUUUUGAUGUGGUAUCAUGCAUUUUGCUGUUUGCUAUAUGAACACCAAUAAACUGUUGUAUUACUUACUGAUUUCCCCUGUUAGACUUUUUUUGCUUAUGCGGAGAUUAAACUGCUGUCUUUUGAAAUUGUUCUUCGAUAUUUUUCUGAUUUCACUUUUGCUUCUUUCGCUUAUUAUUUUUAUCCCCUAUUGGGCAUUGACCCUCGCGCAAGGCGCGAGCCAAAGCUAGUAUUGUCUACAUAGAUACUAAAAUUGGGCAUUAUCUUCUCGCGCAACACGCGUUAUUAUAACUAGGUGUUGUCUCGCGCGUUGCGCGAGUAUACUGGUGCCCAAUGUAAUUUAUAGUGUGUAAACCUUUUAAAAAUUACUUCAUUUGUACAAAGUCAAAAAGAUGAAUUGUCCAUUGUAUUUCACCUAGAUGAUGUGAAGUUUGAGUUUGUCCCUUUUUAACUUAUAGGUGUAUGAAGUCUCAUGUUAGGGGGAACACAUUCUAAACGCAAUAUCGAGUGACUUUGAGAAUAAUGAAAAGCGAGUACAUUAAAAAAUUGUUGAUAUCCUAAUGCUUAUUCAGAUUAAGCGUUUUCUUCAAAUCAUGCUCAUCUAACUUGCCUUUCUGAAGCACUUCUAUAGCUUGGCUUGAUCGGCACAACAACAACCAACUUUUUGUUGGGCUACACUUCCGUUGGAUGGCGUCACAAUAGCAUACAUAAAUUUAGUACUAAAAUUUCCAUAUGUAACACAAUACACAACAUAUAUACUCUCUUCGUCCCUUUUUAUUUAGC